AUGGAUUCCAAAUACGAUCAAGAGACCUUCAAGAAGGCUGCUCCCAAGUUGCCGCUUUCCAAAGUCAAGAAAAUUGCUAAAACUGACCCCAUGCACAUCAUCACUUCACAAUCUGCUGUUGCUGCUGUUGCAUUUGCUACAGAGCUGUUUGUUCAGGUUCUGACUGAGGAGGGGCUUGCGCUGUCUCAGCUCGAGAAACCUAACGGGUCAAGACUGACUUUACGGUAUGACAACCUUGCUGCCGUGGUAGCAGACUCUGAUCGAUUUGCAUUUCUGUCGGAUGUGAUCCCAGAGACACACAAUCUCGUGGCUUUGACACGAGGAAACCGGGUGCGCUACACUGCAUUGGCUCCAGAUCAAAGUGUUCUCCCAUUCAGAGCUCAAGAUACAGCUCCAGCUGCUGAGAACGAUGGUGAUGCUCCAGAGGAAGAUGCAGACGAUGGCGUUGAACCAGAGCAGGAAGAAGCUGAACUAGACGGUGGAUUUGCCGAAGAUUUCGAUCUUACGCAAGACGGAGACCAGAAACAUCAAGAUGAGUCUGAUAAUGACAAUCCGCAAUUGCCGGGAGAAGAAUUGGAACCCGAGCCCGAUACUGAAGAACCGGAAGAGCUCGACGAACCGGAAAAUGCGGGAAAUGAAGCAGACAAAGAUGAUGCGUUAAUGGAUUCGGAUCAAGAAGAUUAA